GUUCAUUCACUUAAAUUGCUCACAUUGCAUGUAUGGAUAGUAGACGGAACCCAGACAAUAAUAAAAGAGUACGCUCGUUCAGUUCAACAUCCACUCCAUCUCCAGUAGCGAGAUCUUCAAAAAAGAGCAAACCCCAUUCUGACUCUCUGUAUAUCACUAACUACUCAUCUACUAUGGCCGAUACUGAUACUGGUUUCGCUAGUCCUCAUCACUCUCAGACUGGCCAAAAUCCAGGGAUCUCAAAUCAGCUCCUGUCCCAGACAAUGGUCCAAUCUCCACAGAUGGUGCCAAUGGUUCAAUCUCCGCAGAUGGUGCCAAUGAUGAAUUACCAACAGCCCUCUGGGUCCACUCUAACAAAUAACGAUAUCAAGCGCAUUGCGAUUGCUGUUCGUGAAAUCCUUUUACCAGAUAUCGGUAACAUUGUUGACAAGCAUAUUGCUCCUCUAUUUAAUCGUGUUUCUUCCCUGGAAGCUGAAAACGCCGAGUUACGUCUAAAACUAGAUGAUUUGGAACAAUAUGGCCGGAGAACACUAGUUCGAUUUUCAGGUUUUCCUGAAAACGAGCGGGAAGACACCACCUCUACCGUUCUUGAUGCUGCUACCUCCUGUGGUGUUGAUUUGAGCGUAGAUGAUAUUGAGCGUUCACACAGAGUUGGAAAAGCUGGCCGAGGUAAGCCUCGGCAGAUCAUUAUGAGGCUGAAGUCUGUUGACAGCAAAUUCAAACUGUUAAAAUCCAGCCGAAACUUUCGUAACGAAUCAUCAUUCAAAGGUAUAUCGGUUAAUGAAGAUCUCACUAGAUAUCGCGACGAAUUGGCCUUUCUGGCAAGGAGACUUGUCAGAACUAAAUCUAUUCUUCAGACAUGGACAACAAAUGGAAAGAUUUUGGUAAAGGACAAGUCUUCCAGACUACACACUAUACGAACUGAGCACGACUUGGUGCCAUUUGGUCAUGUCAUUGACAUGCCAAAUGAUCACCCUAUGUAA